CACCACUUCGCGCAUCAUUGACUGUCGCAGUUAAGCGUCGACCCUUCUCUAGCCACACCAUUGUCGUGUUCGUGGUUGUCAAGGUAUGCCGAUGCCACGCUCACCCUUGAGGCUUGGUCUCGGCUUGCUUCCUAUCAGUUGUAACUCACCUCUGCAUCCUUGAUCAUCUUCGCCUCGUGCUUGUCAUGCCAUCUUGCCCGACGCCUUGAAACGCUCUCUGAACCGCGCUUCCGUAUUCCCUUCGCAGAGAAAGAACAGAAAGCAGGGGAAAGGACUUGACAUCCGCCGAACUCUACCUAAGUAGGCUGCUUCACCACUGCCUAAGGAGUGAAGCACGAAACUUACAAUCUUUCGACGACGCCGAACGAUCCCUUCCCCGACGCCAGACUCGACCUCAGCAGCAUUACGCCGUGCUCCUCCGGCUCCCUUCUCCCAGCGACGAGCGCAUAGCAUCCGCAUCCUCUCACGACUGACUGAACGUCCGCCUACCUCUCCCUUUGUCCCACCUUGACCGGUUCUGCUAGCGGGAUUGCAGCUUGGACUCUGUAUACCCAGCCAGUCCAGCGCUCGCAACCGCCAUAGGGCUGGUCAGGACGCGAAUGCCAUAUAGUAUCAUUGGCGCAGCUGCCGAAUGCUUCCAAAACCUGCUGGUCAUUUUCUCAACUGAUUUGAAAACCAUACUGCCACAAGUCUGUUCAGCUGGGUCAUCUGAUGCUUUGAGAAACGGGGAACAAGUUUUGAGAAGGGACUGUGCUUCCCUGACACCAUGGCCUCCAACAAUGAACGUCUACCACCGCAACCCAGCGUCUCUAGUCUGAGUGACGACGGGGACACGCGGCGACUUCAUCCAACCUUGAGCAAUUCUACAAUUGAGGAUGGACGCCAUCGGAGGCUAUCAGGAGCAUCAUCGAGUUCUCAACAGACAUCGCACAAUCUAGAUGCCUCCAGGUAUCACCAAGCUCGCCAACCUAUAAAUGAUGCUGUCACUUCAGCCUUCAACACCGCUGAUGCUGCCUCCUAUGGUGGUUUCUCUCCCGAGUUGCUUCAACAAAUCACAUCGCAGAUCACGGCGAAUGUUUUGCAGCAGUUGAAAGUUGCCAAUCUACCGCCGCCGCCUCCUCCUCAUCAGCCACCGCCGGCUGGCUCCCAGAUGGACACCUCUUCGUCAGCUGCUGGCUCUCCGCCAUUGGAUCGAACCACUGUCUACACUCCCCCUACUCCCAAUCGACACUCCGAGGAUGCAGGCGCAAGUCAGCCCUCCCCUCAGUUUCCUCCGCCUUCUAGCCAGUCAUCCUUCAGGGCUCCGUCGCCUGCUGUAGAUAGAAGAGCCGCCUCGCCUCUGAGUCAGACAGGUCAUCAAUCCGAGAACGACGCAAACCACAGUCGACCAAGAGGUCCUAAACGCAUGGGCACCCAUGAAGAUGCAACCAUUUUGGAACGAGUAUGGGGCCAGCUCUUCACGGAGCAGGGUGAGGCUACUCCUCGGUUGGGCCAAUUCCUGCGUGGAAUUGCUACACAUCUUAUCGAAGACUAUGAGCCCAAGCACAGCUUGGUCAUCACUCCAACCAAAAUGCAAAGAUACUACGAGGAGACGAAGCUGGCCAAUGAGUUCUACCCUUGGAAGAUUAUCUUUGAUGACAGAACUUCUUCAAUAUCCCGAAUGUUCAGAGAGAUCGAGUGUCAACACCAUCUUGUCCAGGAGAAGUUGAACGAACGGCCAGACACUCCCGGGCUUACACCCCGUGGCUUUGAAACAUGGGCGACAUUGCUGUUAAAAGCACAUCCCGAUCGAGAGUAUGAGCGACUGGCAAAGACGGCGCUAGACAUGCCCAUCAGCAACCCCGAUGAGAAGAAAGAGCGGUUUCCCAAAGAACUCUCUAGGCGGCUCUUCCCCAAGCACGGUGACACUGAGGUCGCCUACAAGCUACAGAAGGCCAUGUCAACGCACUGCAAUGUCACCUUUGCUUCUCGCCUCAGCAGCACGGCGGAUUCCACUUCCCGGACGUCGACAUCGACGUCGACUGGGACUGUCGUCGCCGAUGAUUCAUCGACGAAGACCAACUUGAAGCCCCAGACAGACAAGCCAGAUAAUGCCGGCAAUAAUAUUCAACCCAGCCCGGAGUCAUCUCAAGCCAUUCAGGCCAGCAUUGAGCGCCAACGGCAGCCAUACGGCGGAACGAACCAGGAUGGCGUGAAUGGUGACGUCGCAGAGGACACCACGGACGGCCCUCUCGCUCCAAAGCCAAUCGAGCGAGAGAGAAAGCCAUAUGUUGCUGCGCCCGGUGGAGGCAAGAAUUACGAUAAUAUCGACCGGCCAUCUGCCGCGCCCGAAAUCAAAGCUGGACCUCCUCCCCAAGAACCUAAGCUGGGACGUUCGAAUUCUUUCAACGCAGCAAACAGGGUGCCCGACCCCUCAAGACCGGGACAGCCCCCUAUUGCUCUACAUCAAAGACCACCGCCCCCGGUAACGGAAAUCCAGGAAUCUCGCCGUCACCGUUCCAACAGCAUCUAUCACAGAGACCCUCCCCAAUCUGGUCGCAACCGAUCACCUUCCAUGACAAAAGAGCCUGGUGUCUCUUCAUACGUGAGGAGGGCGGAUCCAGACGCCUCUUACAUGUCUUCUUCGCAUCACUCUGAUCACCAUGACGAUACAAGACGUUACAGAGAGUAUGAAGCCGGACGCGAACGUCUGGCUAAUGACCGUUACGACGCUGCCCGGAUGUCGGCAUAUGACCCUCGCGAACGUGAACGAGACCGAGACGGUCGACCACGUAUGCCAUCUGUUUCGAACGUUGGCCUAGGCUUUGUCGAUGGCCCGCGAAGCCCGACGCUACGCACCGCUGCAGGACCGACAUUGUAUUCCAGUUCUUUGCCUGGUCCUGCUGUGGAUGAAGACUAUUACCUCAACCGCAUGCACGCGGGCGGCGCCCCUCCCUCUUAUAAUGGGCACAGCCCACCUUCCUCGAUCAGUACGGGCUUUCAACCUCCGCCUCCUCUGCAGAUGAUAAGGGAGCCAUCAAAUUCGGCUAGCAGAGACUCGGGAUACCCGUCAUACCCGACCAACCCGGGUUAUCCGCCUACAAGCUAUCGAGAUGCCCGGUAGGAGCGUGAUAUAUGGCGAUGAGUGAGCGAAAGGAAAAGGGAAGGCAGGGCCGAAAGCAGAGAAUUGGAAUGCAUGACCGAAGAAUCACCAGAGCGCGACGACACUAUCUUUUCAUUCUCACCUGUACCAUAUUUGACGACUGGUGUGAAACAGUUUUUCCUUGCUGUUGCGCUCGUUUCGACCUCUCGGCGAUUUCGGAUUGAACUCAGCUAGCUGGAGCGUUGUUAUUUUUCCACUUGUUGAUAUCCCCAGCCUUUUGCUCUGAGCAUUUUUUGGUGAGAAUGUAAAUUAGCGGACAUGUGUAUUGGCGAUGUACAAGUAUAUGUAGCAGAACAAUCGAGGACGCGGAGCAUGCGUGCGUGUAUGCUUCUGGGACAGUAUGUAUUAUCAUCGAUGGGUGAAACGAUUAUCAGACUGCGUCCUUUCUCCUAUCGUCUGCAUUGUUUAUG